AGUUGUCACCUUCGUACCUGGUGAAAUCCAAUUGAUAAAACAUUUUCUCUUUCUCUUUUCUUUAUACUGGAAGGAAAGUCGAAAGGAAAGAUGACUUCCAAUCCUCAGAGUACCAAUGGCUCUGAGAGCGAAUUCGAGUUCAUCGAAACCCCAAAAGCUCCCACACCGACCUUUGAAAAGUUCGAGCCAUGUGGUGUAAGGACAACAGCUUACCCAGCUAUCAAGAAUGCCCCUCUGCCUGCAGAUGCUUCUGGCAAUGAUAGUUUCUCGAACACCCUCCUUUUCUCCCUCAUUGGUGGUGUCCCUCUAUACUUCUCCUGGAAGGUUGGUGGUGGAUUCAAGACUACCAUUUUCUUUGGUCUCAUCACCACUAUUCCCAUUCUCCUCGCAUUCUGGACAGUAUUCUCCAGCUUCUCUCCACGCAAAAAUGAGAAGGCCAAGUACCCAGGACGUCCAGUCGAGCAUUAUCUUACCUUUAAGAACGAAGCCGAUAAAAUAAAAUACAGCGGAAAGAACAAGAUUCCUAUGGAAACUUUCCACAACAUGUACUUCGAUGGAGAAGUUGACUUCAACGGUGACGCCCUCGAGGUUCUCGAGUACCGUCACGACUGGGCAAGCUUCAAGUUCACAAUUAGUCUUUUCAAAUAUGUUUUCUUCAACUUCGCACCAGAAGUUAUCAUGCACACUCGCUCCCAGGAUGAGGAACAAGUCCGUGAUCACUACGAUCGGGGUGACGACUUCUAUGGCUGGUUCCUUGGUCCACGAAUGAUCUAUACCUCCGGUGUUAUCUCUGACAUUAACCGUGAAGAAACUUUGGAAGAAUUGCAGGAUAACAAACUCGCCAUUGUCUGUGAAAAGAUUGGUCUUAAGCCUGGUGAGAAGAUGUUGGACAUUGGUUGUGGAUGGGGAACCUUGGCCAAAUUCGCCAGUGUUAACUUCGGUGCAAAGGCUACUGGUAUCACUCUUGGCCGUAACCAAACUGCCUGGGGUAACAAUGGACUUCGCAAAGCUGGUAUUCCUGAAGAGCAGAGUAAGAUUUUGUGCAUGGAUUACCGUGAUAUUCCAGUUCCCGAGGGAGGUUAUGACAAGAUUACAUGUCUCGAGAUGGCUGAGCACGUUGGUAUCCGUCACUUGACAAGCUUCUUGAAGCAAUGCCACGAUAUGCUCGAGGAUGAUGGAGUUAUGUUCCUUCAAGUAGCUGGUUUGAGAAAGACUUGGCAAUACGAGGAUCUCAUCUGGGGUCUUUUCAUGAACAGAUACAUCUUCCCUGGUGCUGACGCUUCUACUCCUCUCAACAACUAUAUUAACUCCCUCGAGAGUGCUGGAUUCGAAGUUAAGGGUGUCGACACUAUUGGUGUUCAUUACUCAGCAACAUUGUGGAGAUGGUACAGAAACUGGAUGGCCAACAAGGAGAAGGUUGUCGCUAAAUACGGUAACAGAUGGUUUAGAAUUUGGGAAUACUUCCUCGCUUCCUCUACUAUUAUCUCCCGUCAAGGAUCUGCCACCUGUUACCAAAUUACCUUGGUAAAGAAUCUCAACUCUGUCCACCGUAUUGAGGGAAUUGCAACACAAUUCGGAUUAUCUGGCGCACUAGCUGCCGCCAAAGCCGAUGUUCAGGCAUACCGAUCCAGAAAAGCUGCAGGUGGUGUCAGUGAAGAUGUCGCCAGCGCAUAAAUGAUUGAUUGAAUGAUUGAAUGAAUAUAUUACAAUCGGUAAAAGGGUUUGGAGAGCCUAAUUAAGAUAUUCAAGUAUCUAUAUAUUUAUCGAUGGGAUACACAGAGCUAGAUGUGUGACUGCAUUCGUGGCUAUAUGCCAAAAGGGGAUGAAGGGCCAGACCUUAUGUAGAAAAGCUUCGAGCUUGUGGUAUAAUCUAGGUGAUGCAAGUACUUGUGUACCUGAAUACAUGUAGCUUCAAUCAAUGAUUUUUCGUACCAAAAUGAUUAGAAGUGAUUCAAAUGCACCAAUAUUUCCAAUCAGUGACUUCAAUU